AUGCAAUCGCCGAAUCAUUCAGAUCCCAGUACAAAUUUCCCCGACCUACCACCUUUUCCCACCGAUGUUCCAACCGCUCCUCUACUUCGCCUAUCUCUUGAAAAGCUUCUGGACGGAGAUACAUCCGAGUGCAAUCGCCUCUUCACAGCAUCUGUGGAGAUAGGAUUCUUCUACCUAGACUUCAGAGACUCUCGACUCGGGGGUUCUUUGCUUGAAGAUGUCGAUAGGUUGUUCGGAGUAGGAAAAGAACUGUUCGAACUCAGCCUGGAAGAGAAGAAUAAGUAUGAUUUUAGCAAGCAGAAUUCAUAUUUUGGAUAUAAAGGACAAGGCGUGGCGGUCGUGGAUAAAGAGGGGAAUUUGGACCGGAAUGAAUUCUAUAAUGUCUCCAAAGACGACAUCCUCGGCAUCACAGAGCAACUCCCCGCGCCGACCCUCCUCCACCAGAACAGAAACCUGCUCUCAUCCUUCAUGAACAGCGCCCACACAAUCGUAACUCUAAUCCUAACAAUCCUCAACACCAAACUAGGCCUUCCACCAAACACAUUACAAAACCUGCACCACCAAAACGCCCUAAGCGGCGACCAAGUCCGCUGGGUCAAAGCACCACCACAACCCAGCAACGACCGACGGGUCGCACUGGGCCAACACACCGAUUUCGGGUCCGUGACCGUCCUCCUCAACCGGCUGGGCGGUCUUCAAGUGCAAUUGCCCAGUACAGAUGAGUGGGUGUAUGUGCGUCCCUUACCGGGGCACGCAAUCAUCAACCUCGGCGAUGCAAUGGUGAAAUUUAGCAACGGGCUUUUGCGCUCCAAUAUACAUCGUGUCAGUGCGCCGCCUGGUGCGCAGGCGGAGUGGACGAGAUAUAGUCUUGUCUACUUUGCACGGCCGGAGGACAAGGUGAUAUUGCGGCGGCUGGAGGGGGAUGCGAUUCCGAAGUUGGAGGGCCAGGUUGAGGAGGAAAUUAGUAGUAAGGAGUGGAUUAUUAGAAGGGCUUUGGGGCGAAGGGUUAAUCUUGGUCAGGAGAUUGAUUAUGAGAAGUCGGCUGGGACGGAGGAGGUUAGUCGGAGGGUUAAGGUUUGA